AAGAAAAACAUGCACCCAGGGCAGCCCUGAAUCAGGCCACGCACAUUUCAAGUUUCUUUCCGAAGAAUACAGUUCUUUCUGAAUAAUUAUUCAAGAACCCUGACAUGUCUGGUCCUACCUGGCCGCCUCCGGAUAGCCCGGAGAGACCCGUCCCCCAGAUGUCCGACUCUGGACCAGCCGUGUACAGACAGCAGCCCAAGAAGAUCUCCUCGGACAUCCGGCCCAAGUAUGUGGUCCAUGACCAGAACAGAGGAGGCGGAAUGGCCACUAGGUACAUGGCUUCUGGACCCACAGCUGGGCCCAUGCAGCACCACCACCAAGAGGACCCAGGGUUUCACCCUAAAUCUAUUGACCACUACUACCAACCACCUCCCCACCGGCUCAAAGAAGACCAAUCCUUGAACCCUCACAUGGACCGCUACCAGCUGAUGCACCUUGCACCUCCUGAGAAGCUGAUUGGACACCACUCCAACAUUGAGGGAGAGAUUGACUCGCUCACCUGCAUACUGGCUGAUCUGGACAGCUAUUCACUAAGCAGCACACAGCUGUACGACAACGUGCCUUACAAAAAAUCCUCAGCCCAGCCAGGAGCUCCAUCUCAGGGAUGGCCGUCUAUGGGUUUCCCUCCUCAGUCCACGGACCAUCCUGCACCCCCGAACCCCAGUGAUCCCCACCAGGGUCUCCAGUACUUCCCCCAGCCAGACGACACUGACGCCCAGGUCUCUAAAACCUACCCCCAGCAUGUCCCUGCCUCCUACACUACCGCCUCCACCCCUACUGGCUCGAGGUUCAGUGUCCAGGUCAAAACAGCCCAGCCUAUUACCUACUCCCAGACUGGUAGGCAAACUGAGCAGGGUUACACCCCUCCCCCACACCGCCAGCACAUGUUGCGGAACUCGCCCCAGAAUCUUGCUUCCCAAGCCCAGGCGCAGGACUCCGACAGGAGCUUCAAGGGGAGUGUCGCAGGGUCUGGCGUGAAAGCCUCCCAGAGUCCCACUCCCAAAAGAGUCCCAGAGACUCAUCAAUCAGGGUCAGGCUCGGCACCAAGCUCCGCCUAUCAGCCCAGUAAGCACAGGACAGCAGCUCUGAGACAAGAGGAGUUGGAUGGGCUCACAAAGAAGUUGGUGUAUGACAUGAAUCAUCCCCCUACAGAGGAAUACCUUGGUAGCUGUGCACGUUGGGGUGACGUAGUCCUUGGCGGCUGUAUCGCCAUGGAGCAGGUGUUCCACGUGGAGCGUUUCACUUGCGUCACCUGCCACGCCACUUUCCGGGGGCAACCGUUCUACGACCUGGACAAGCAGAGCUACUGCAAGAGCUGUUACAUUAGUAUCCUAGAGCGCUGCUUUCUGUGCUCCAAGCCCAUCCUGGACCGUAUCCUGCGGUCCAUGGGCAAUGCAUACCACCCGCGCUGCUUCAACUGCGUGGUGUGUGGCUGCUGCCUGGACGGCGUGCCCUUCACCGUGGACGCUACCUCCCAGAUCCACUGCCUUGACGACUUCCACAGGAAGUUUGCCCCUCGCUGCUCAGUGUGUGGCCAGGUCAUCAUCGCCGAGCCGGGCCAGGAGGAGACGGUCAUUAUAGUGGCGCUGGGCCGCAACUUCCACGUCAAGUGCUAUGUGUGUGAGGAGUGUGGUCUGCUCCUGUCCUCUGAGGGUGAGGAGCGAGGAUGUUACCCCCUGGACGGUCACAUCCUGUGUAAGGGCUGCAGCGCCCAGCACAUCCAGAACCCCUCCGCCAAAAUCUCCACUGACCGCUAACCAACUAUGGAAAAUCACCUCUUACCUUUAAUCGAUGACCCGUCAACCGUUCCAUUACUUUCACCUGCUCUGGGGUAAAAGUUGCCCUAAGGAACAGAUCUGGGAUCAGUUCUACCCUCUCUGAUACAUAACCUUAACCACAAGGAGGAAAUGUUAACCUGACUUGAAAUCAGUCUCGAGGGGCAACUUCAUCCUCAUAGUUGUUCGUUAUUCUUCAGAUGCCCAAAGCUUAGGAAUUAGUAAUGGGCCUACUAUUGAACCUCAACCUGACAGUCUUCAAUGUCAAGUAAAAUUAAAUGAUGACUUCAUAAGGUUUAUAGGUACAGGGUAUUGAAACGUGGAUAGAUUUAAGUUCAACCCAUUUUCUUUAUCUUCUGCUUUACACUAUCCUCUACCCCUACUCCCUUUCCACUCCACCUCCUUCCCCUCAGUCCCAUACCAGUACUGUAUAGAGCCCCUGACCUGCAGGCAGCAGGGGCUGCUCCACUGCUUCUCACACACACGAUCCUGCGUGUUUCACACACACUCUCACACACACGAUCCUGCGUGUUGCGCGCUCUCACACACACGAUCCUGCGUGUUGCGCGCUCACACACACACACGAUCCUGCGUGUUGCGCGCACUCACACACACACACGAUCCUGCGUGUUGCGCGCACUCACACACACACGAUCCUGCGUGUUGCGCGCACUCACACACACACACGAUCCUGCGUGUUGCGCGCACUCGCACACACACGAUCCUGCGUGUUGCGCGCACUCACACACACACGAUCCUGCGUGUUGCGCGCACUCACACACACGAUCCUGCCCAACAAAGGUGGGACAUUGAAGGAGCUCUAUGUAAAAUUAUUGAUAGAUAAGUAGGAAAAUGAGGUGAUAUUGACGAAUACAAAGUCUUCCUGGCUAUGAGGUAACUGACCAGUCCAGAUAAUGGAACACAAUAUGGCAACCAAGUGGGUGUAGUCAGUGUGGUGCAGUGAGUAGAGUUUUUAGAAAGUAGACUGAAGGAAAGAUUGGAAAAAGAACCAGUUGAGUCAAGUCAAUGCUUUGAUCUCAUUGGAUGUUUACACAGUAUGUAGGUUGUCUUAUAUCUUGCACCACAUGUCAGAACAGAACAUCAAUAUUUUAUUCCACAGGACAGUGAUUUGUAUAAUGAUAAUUGGUACUGCAUUUUAGGGAAUGUUAUGCUAGUCCAAACCCCCUCUUUUAAAAUGUGAAUGUGCUUUUUAGAUAUUUUUCCUUGUUUAACAUUUGGGUUGAUUUGAUACUUUACAAUGAUUAGUAAGGCACAAUGAAGUAUUUUUUUUGCCAUUGUCUUACUGAGAAACCGGGUUCUCCAUACUGGCCACGUGGGCUGAGAACGUCCUCGUGUGUUCACUUUGGGUUUUUGUUUAAGCUUAGCCUUAGGAGUUUGAUUUAUGGUUUGCACAAUUUGAUUUGAGUUUGAAGUGUGUGAAUGAUUAGCUAUUUUUCAUACAAUAAACCAUCCUUUUUUUCAGCAAACUA